GACCGUAUAAUCUGUAACGAAUACGCAUACAACUUGCGAUCAAUGCGUUUCACUGAUAGCCGGCAUAACGGAGUUUGUUUGAUCAAUCGCCUGCAAAGAUUAGGCCUCUCAGAUCGUGCCUUUCUCCAACUAUCACCCACGCGAUCCGCUCUUUUAUUACGGUUAAAUCGACGCAUGCGUUCCUUCCCUGUAGCGUCGUUUUUCCGUCGUUAUGCAUCUCGCAUCUGACAAGUGCGACCAUUCCUUCAUGACUCUUACCGACGGAUACGCACGCGGACUCGUCUGAUAUUGUUUGACGAGCGAUACGGAAGCACUGGGAAAGCAUAUCGUCAGUGUGCGGAACGUAAAACGCAUCUACGUUCCGUCUCGUUGCGGGGUUCGCUAGGUUAUAAAAAACACGGAAAAGUUUGUUUAAACAACAUGGCUGACGUCAAGCAGGAGCAAAAAACCGAAGACGACGAGAAUUACGCUGUCGGUAAUAACACUGAGCCAAAAAACAUGCAGGAACUCACCGAAUAUGUACAGGCGCUGCUUCAGCGAAUGCAGAACAAAUUUCAGACCAUGUCAGAUCAGAUCAUCGGAAGAAUAGAUGAAAUGGGAAACAGGAUAGACGAUCUCGAGAAGAAUAUCGCUGAUCUAAUGACCCAGGCUGGUGUCGAGGGUCCGGACAAGUGAGCUGAAGCUGAAACUACAAGAGUUGAAAUCUUAACCAAUAAUACACCAAACACAAUCGUCUUCAAUGCAUAUGCGUGACAACGCAAAUUUAUUUGUCAGAAGUACAGCUGGCAUAGAAAACGAUGUUGUAUUUUAAAACAUACGAAUAAAUGCACUGUUUUUUUACUA